AUGUCGUCCCUCGCAUUGUCUCCUCUUCUCACGACGCUUGCCUCGACGACGUCGAUAAGUAACUGCACUGCUUGGCGUUCGCGCAAUAGUUUGUUUGACAGAGUAAGUUUGUUUUGUGAGCAGAGGGUGUUUCCCAGCAUCCAAAUGGCAAAGCCUGCGAGAGGACUAUACCAACUUCCAACCUACUUCAAAUCAAACAUUUCCUGCUCACUUGCACAACCAGAGACAAUGCAAGUUGUUCAAGAAAUAAUCGCCAAGCAACUCUCUCUAGAACAAAGCGCAGUGAUCCCUCAAACAAAAUUUUCAGAAUUAGGAGCUGAUUCUCUCGACACCGUUGAGAUCAUGAUGGCUUUGGAAGAGAAGUUCGGAGUCUCCAUCGGAGAAGGCGGAGCCGAGGGCAUCUCAACGGUUCAAGACGCUGCCGAUCUGAUUGAGAAAGUCAAGACAUCCUCUGCAAGUUAAACCAAACUGCAACAUAUCCCAGUAAUUUUGCAUUUGAGUUUGUUAUGUUUUGUUCA